CAGUUCCACCCGGGUGCUUUUCACAAGCGGACACGUUCCUGUACAUGCUGUUUACCAAGGCACUCUGUCAUAGAAAUACACCAAUCAAAAGGUGUUUUUUCCUUAUGCAUAGGCGUAGAACAACAGUCGUUUAAAUAUGGAUCCGGUGAUCGCAAGCAAUCCGGCUUCGUCAAGCACAGAUGUGAGAAACAAAGGUGAAAGCCAGGAUGCAGCUGUAGUGUCAGGCACCACAGCAACACUGGCCCUGUCUGACACUAGUCUAGUGUGUGUUGAAUACCCAGCAGUCGUCAACAAUGUGGACACAAUGCUGGAAAGCAUUGGAGGCGAAGAGGGAGUAUCCAAGACCUAUGCAGAUUCUUCUAAAAGACUCGAACUCCGUUUUCGGCCGAAGGAUCAGUUCUGCCAUCCUGCUUAUGGGAACCGCUUCUCCUCCACCAACCUGCUGCUCAGAGUGCGCCGCAGAACCCGCAAAGGAAACAGUGCAGAAACCCAAAUCAGCAUGGAGAUAGUGGGACUUAUUGGGACCACGUAUAAAUUUCAAGGAAUGGCUGACUUCCAGUACCUAGCGACUCACAACGAUCCAGAUGGAAACCAGAUGUCUUUGUACGACAAGAUCAUUUUGCGCAAACCCGAGAAGAAAGAAUUCUACGACAAUCCCGUGCCUCUUUUCCUUCCUCCUCCUAUUUUCUCUCGUCUGGACACGGCUGUGGAUUAUUACUACCGUCCAGAUGUAUUGCACAGCAGGGAGACUGCAAUGCAAUCUGUUCUCCUAAAAGAUCAUCUUAUUGCCCCGAAUCGAGCUCGCCGGCCAAACAAUGCCAUUUUUGUCAACUUCGAUGACAAGACCAUACCAUCAGGACCUCUGGAAGCUGCAGUGACCAGCUGGAAGAAGUUCUGCGUCCAUCCUAAUGAUGCAAAGGCAGAGCAGCAACUCAGACAGCUUUUCGAGAAAAGGCCCAUAUGGUCUCGCAAUGCAGUCAAGGCCAACAUUAACAUUCACCCUGAGAAAAUGAAGCACCUCCUCCCGUAUGUGGCGUACUACAUGUUAACAGGGCCAUGGAGGAGUUUGUGGGUCAGGUUUGGAUACGAUCCUCGAAAAACUGCUGAGGCAAAAAUCUACCAGGUUCUAGACUUCAGGAUCCGCUAUGGAAUGAAACAUGGAUUUGGUGUCAAUGAAAUGCCAGUGAAACCCAAGAGAAGUGCUUACCAUUACAGCCACCCAACCACUAUCAACAGGGCAGUUCCUCAACCUGCUAGUGUGUCUGACAUCACCCAGGAAAGUGCUUCAUCUUCAGGACCCAAACCUGCCACUGCCAAGUACUUACUGAAGGACUCGGUCUACAUCUUCCAGGAGGGAAUGCUUCCUCCAUACCGCCAGAUGUUCUACCAGUUGUGUGAUCUAAAUGUAGAAAAAAUAAAGAAUAUCAUCCAUAAGAAUGAUGGGAAAGAGGAAGUGUGUGAUGAGAGAGAUGGCUGGUGUGUGCCUCAUACAGCCGACGAGCUCAGGAAUAUCAUCUCUGGAAUGAUCCAACAACAAGUCCAGGCCAACCGGCCAGCUUCGUCCACCAAAAAGCCUGUAAGAACUAGAUCCAAAACUGUUGACAGCGGAGAGGAGGAAGAUGAUGAUGAUGAAGAUGAUGAUGAUGAUGAAGAGUACAAGCCCUCUGAUGGGAGCGACAAUGAAAUGGAAACUGAGAUCGCAGAUUACAUGUAAUUCGCCUUUAGUUUUAUGUUCAUGUAAAAAGCUACUUUGUAUACUGAUAGAAGUUAAUUUUUUAAUGUUUUUUCCUGUUGGCAAAAUAAAUGUAUUUUUUUUUAAGGAACUGAAUGAGUAAAUUCUUAAAAAAAAAAAAAAAAAAAAGGCACCCAACGUACAGUA